AUGAUCGCCUUCCGGAAAAAAAAAGAGGUUUACCUCUUUGGAAAGCCGAGUCCAGAUGUGGAAUGGCUGGACACAAACGGUAGACCAAUUACGGCAAAAUUUGAUCGUUUCAAGGUAACAACAGUUGGCCGAUUGACAAUACUUGCAAUAUUGGGAGUGGAUAAUGAUGUGCAAGGCAAAUAUUUGCUUAAAAUUAAAAAUGAACUGGGAGAAGCGAAAUGCGAAAUUCCUGUUAAGGUUCUGGAAUAUCCAAUUGCACCGGAUCGGCCAAUACUUGAAAAGCUGAAAUUCAAUUCGGUGAGCUUGAAAUGGAGUGCAGUGCCAGAAGCUGCUAGUAAAAAUGUACGAUAUAUCAUUGAAAUGAAAAAGGAAGGAGAAGAAUGGAUAAAAGCGGUCGAAAGUGCUCAACUGAAUGUAACAGUGAAGGAACUCGAGCCCGGUAACACGUAUCGGUUCCGUGUACGUACCAGCAUUGCAGAUAUUGUAAGUGAACCAUCAGAAGAAUCCGAAUCGUUUUUGGUUGAAUAUGAGAAAUUGGCAAAGAAAGAAAAGGAGCAGACAGCAGAAGAAAAAGAAAAAAUUAAUUAUGAUGAAUUUAUUACCGAUGUGAAGCCGUCGGAAUAUUGUGAUAUCGAUGUGCUACAGCUUCCCAAUGAUUUCGAAUCAAAGUACAUACUUUGUGAAAAGAUUGGCGUAGGAGCUUAUGGUACUGUUUACCGGGCAGUCGAACGAGCAACCGGUAAAAAUUGGGCAGCAAAAAUAAUAAAUAUAUGUGCUGAUAUGAAGAAGGAAAUAAUAAUACAUGAAGUUAAAAUGAUGAAUGAACUCCAUCACGAGAAACUCCUCAAUCUUCAUGAAGUAUUUGAUUUCGGCGAUGAAAUGUGCUUGAUCGAGGAAUUCAUAUCUGGUAGUGAUCUUCAUGAUAAAAUAAUUGAUGAUAAAGCGUUAAUGUCGGAAGAUGAAGCACGCAGUUUCAUUCGGCAAAUUCUUCAAGGUGUGCAGUAUAUGCAUAAUAAAGAUAUCGUACAUCUUGACUUAAAGCCUGAAAACAUAUUGCUCACUUCAAAUGCAAGCAAUGAUAUUAAAAUCAUUGAUUUCGGUUUGGCACAAAAACUGUAUCCUAAUAAAAGUACAACAUUACUAUUCUGUACGGCGGAAUUUUGCCCUCCAGAAGUGAUUAAUAUGGAACCGGUUGGCUUGAGUGCUGAUAUGUGGGCUGUUGGUGUGAUCGCUUAUUCACUAUUAUCCGGUGUAUCACCGUUUAUUGGACAAACAAAUCAGGAAACGAUGGCUAAUGUAUCAUCUGGUGAUUGGCAGUUUAGAGAUGUAAUCUGGGAUAAAGUUUCCGAUCUUGCUAAAGACUUCAUUACUAAAUUGAUCGUCAAAAAUAAAGGAAAACGUAUGACGGUGGCUGAAGCACUUGCACAUCCAUGGAUAACAACGGAAAAGUUGAAAGAAAAAAGUGGAAAAAUUCCUUUCACUCAAAAGAAAAAUUUCCCAAUCCGAAAACAAUUAAGUGACGUGUUGGUACCAAUUGGAAAAAUUGUCAAAACUGGUGCUAUCUUCCGGCAUCACUCAAUGGAUGGUGUAUUUGAGAGAGAUAUUAGAUUUGAAGCAAAUUUUCCGCCGAGAUUGCUAAAGAAUUUAGAAGAUAUUGUGGUAAAUGUUGGUGAUCUGAGUGCUUCAUUAAUAUGUAAGAUCGAAGCGUUACCACAACCAUCAAUUCAAUGGUUAAAAGAUGGCAAGGAAAUUCGCAUAGAAGCUAACAAAUAUGAGAUGCAAUGUGAAGAUUAUGUUGUCGGACUAAAUAUAAAGAAUAUUGUUAAAGCAGAUUCUGGAGUGUAUUCGAUAAUUGCUACAAAUGAGCUAGGCUCCAUCAGGAGUGAAGCCAAAGUAUCCACGGAAGGAGCAAAAGAGCAAAAGAAGAAAAAAGUUAAGAAAAUAGCUCCUGAAGAAAUUGAAAAAGAAGAAGCCAAAGAAGCAACAGUCAAAUUUGAGUUUCAUCCUAAGCUUAGUGAUAUGAGCGCAAAAGUUGGCGAUUCGAUAUUACUUUCUGUUGCAAUUAAUUCGUAUCCUGAAUCAGAAGUUCAAUGGUUUAGAAAUGAUGAAGCAAUUGAUAUUAAUAAUCCAAGAUUUAUCAUCAAAAAAGACAACAACGGUUUUCACAAUCUAAAAAUAGUAUCAUGUGAUAUCACCGAUGCUACAAAAUGGAAAGUUAUAGCACGAAAUACCACCAAUCAAUGUGAAAGUGAAUGUAAUAUUAAUGUAACAGAGGUAUCAGAUGAUUUCAGAGAAAAUCUGAAAAAUGAUCAAACGUCGAAAAUGCCAAUCUAUGGUGAUACUCAUGCUAAUGCUGAAGUAGCGCUUGAAACUGCCGAUUUACCUGUGAAAAUGAUAAAGGAACCGUUCUUUGUGGUAGAACCGAUAAAAAAUAUGGUUGUUGAAGAAGGUGAUGUCCUAAGCAUUAUUUGUGAUAUCGAUGGUGAACCUGAACCGAAAGUUACGUGGUUUAAAGAUCAUUCUCUGAUCAAGGAUGAUCGUUUUGCAAUUCAAAAAGAAGGUAUCAGCCAUCGGAUUAUCAUCUCUUCCGUCUUACUCAACGAUGAAGGUGUUUACAGAGUAGAAGCGGAAAAUAGUAGUGGAAAAAUCUUUGCUGAUAUCGUAGUACAUGUUACUCCCAAACCAAAACCGGAAGCCAUCAAGGAAAAAGUUGAUUUACCACAGUCUAGUAUUUCAAUUGGUCAACCAUACGCUACGCAACUUACCAGAAAUAGCCUAUUAUUGAAAUGGACAGCACCUGAAAAUGAUGAUUCAAAAAUCGAAUUUAUUGUUGAACAAAGAAGAGCUGAUGUUCAAACAUGGACACAAGUAGGUAAAGCCUUGAAAACGGAGCUUCCAGUAACCGAUUUACAAGCCGGCACUGAGUAUAUAUUCCGUGUUGCUGCAAAAAAUGUUGGCCAGACAGUGGGCCAGACAGUAUAUUCGCCGUUAUCAGCAACUAUCAUAACACUUCCAGUUGGCAAAAAACCAGCCUUAAAAAGUGUUCCGCCUGCAAUAUUGGUACUUAAUGAGAAGGAAGAUAUCGAGCUUAUUAUUGAUUUCGAAGGAGAACCAACACCGUCCGUUAAAUGGUAUCAAAAUGGUGUCGAAUUAAUCGAUGGUAAGAAUAACAUGACAAUAAUUACUGUAACCGGUAAAUCGAGCAAAUUGGUUAUCAAGGAGCCGAAAGGAAAUCUCCAUUCUGGUCUUUACUCAUGUCAUAUCGAGAAUAAGGCUGGUGAGACUGUUUACGAGAUACAUAUCACGGAAGAAAAGGAUGAAAUAAGAGCAAAAAAAAUCGGCGAUGACACGAGAAAUGAGCUUCUCGAAGGUCAGCCACAAAUUUUGGUACCACUUUCGAAUGAAACUACUGUGACAGGUCAACAGUUUGUUCUCAGCUGCGAAAUAAAAUCUUCACCAAAAGGUGUCGUAUCAUGGUUCAGAAACGAUGAAAGACUAGCUCCUCUCGGUCGUUAUGAAAUGCUUGAAAAGGACAGUAUUUACAAAUUAAUAUGUCAUAGUGCUGAAAGUAAUGACAGUGCGACAUAUCGAUGUGUUGUAACUAAUACGAUCGGAAUUGCGCAGUCAGCAUGUGAGGUAACAGUUCUGGCAUCAGCUCCGCGCAUGGCACCCAAAUUUGAAAUACCAUUGCAGGACAAAACAGCUUUAGCUGAUAAGGAAGUAAAACUGAAAUGCCGCGUUCUUGGUGAUCCUCGACCUGAGAUUACAUGGAUGAAAGACGGCACCGUGAUCAGUACAACUCGUCGUCAAAAACUUGAAUUCACUGAGGAUGGCUGGUGUUCGCUUAUAAUUUUCAACUGUACCGCAAAAGACACUGGUUUGUACCUGUGUACAGCAUCCAAUGUACUCGGUAGCGAAAAUUCUCACUUGAUGCUAACUGUCGCAGAAGUCGCUGGCCCAGAUUCACAUUUGGUUACAGCCAAAAGUAAAGAAAUGCAGUAUUGUAAACCAAGAUUUACUCGUGUACCGGGUGCAGUAGUCGAAACUACUGAGGGAUCUACGGUAAAAUUAAUAAGUCGCGCCAUUGGCUUGCCUAAACCGCUUAUCAAAUGGUACAAGGACGGAAAAGAAAUUACAAAAAUGAACCGUGCAUACGAAAUAUUACUAACUGGAGAAGGUGAAUCAGUACUUCUUGUACAAUAUGCUGUUAUGAAAACAAGUGGUACAUUUAAAUGUGUAGCCGAAAAUUCCGAAGGCUCGGCAAGUUUCGAAACACAGCUUAUUGUACAUACUCUUCUGCAUAAGCAACAGCAAGAAGAAUAUGCACCGAGUUUUACGAUGGAUUUGACAGACAUUAGUGUUGCAAUUGGAUAUCCUGUUACACUCAAAUGUUGUGUUAAGGGUAGUCCUGAACCUCAACUUAAGUGGAUCUUUAUCAAUGACGCGCAGCAAACAAGUGUACUGCGUACAACGACCGAUUCUGCUUGGGUAGAAUAUCGGGAAGGUGAUAGUUGUGAAAUGAAGACCGAAAGUGUGGUAAAAACACAGCAAGGAACUUAUCAAUGUAUUGCUAGUAAUGAACAUGGAAGAGCAAUGACUCAAUGCUAUUUAUUAGUUGGAGAACCAUUCGAUCACCCAGCCGGACCACCACGAUUCCUGAAAUGUCUGCGUGAUAUAUGGGCACCGCUAGGUGAUGGCGUUGAAUUUGAAGUUGAAGUGAGUGGUUAUCCAUUACCGGAAUUGACAUGGUAUCAUCUGGAUGAGAAAAUUCUUGAGCAAAAUAAUAUUCAGAUUUUAUACGUUACUCCAACUAAAUGUCAACUGAAAAUAACAAGUCUAAGCGUAUCUCAUCUCGGUACUUAUUCGGUUGAAGCCUCAAAUAUCCAUGGUAUCGUGCGGACAACUGCAUCAUUGAAUGUUGGAAAAAGACGUUCGGAAGUGGGAUUACUCUCUGAAGACUCCAUGGAAAAACUCAAAACAGAUUCGCCACAAGAUAAGUCAUCGGAGAGACCAAUACACCCCAUGCUUGGAAUGGAUAGAUGUCGUGAGAAUACUCGUCCGGAUGUAAAACGAAGAGGCGCAGCACCAGCAUUUUUAAUCGGUUUAGAAGACCUUGAAUUUCACGAAGGUGAAACAGCUGCAUUGGCUGGAACAGUCGCUAGAAAACGACGACAUCGCAUCCAUAGAAGAUCAGAUGGAAAACGUAUCAAACAAAUUGUGACAUUGAGAAAUGCGGAGAUUGAGGCUUCUGCUUCAAGCAGCUCGAUGGAGCCACAAAGCGAAAUUACAACACUGGAAGAAAUUCGAGCGUCAAUUGCUGAACGCAAUAAGAAUAUUUGUCGACCAAAAUUCAUGGUGAAACCGAAACCGAAGAAAUCAAUCGUCGAGCAUAAAUCACUCAGGUUAAGGGCUGCUAUUUCAGCUAAUCCAAUACCGGUUGUGCGUUGGGAUAAAGCUGGUGUUGUGUUGGAAACUGGUAACAAAUAUUCCAUUUACAAUGAUGGUGACUUUUACUAUCUUGAGGUACAUCACAUGUCUAAGAUUGAUGAAGGUUUCUACAAUUGUUCUGCUUCGAACAGUGAAGGUUUUGUGACUUGUGCCGCUGAAAUUGAAGUGAUACCAGGUGAUGAUACAAGAAGAUUACGAAAAGGACUAGCUGCACCAUCAUUCAUUGAAGUGUUGCCCGGUAAAUUCAAGGCGAUAAACGGCGAGCCUGUAUCAGUAGAAUGUAGCGUAUCAGGUUAUCCGGCUCCAGCAAUCCAGUGGCUUCGAAAUGGUGACAUACUUGUACCUCAGCAUGAUCAUUAUUUGAUAUCAUAUGAUGGUGAAACGACAACACUAAAAUUUGUUAGUAUUGCUGCAUCAGAUGCUGGGAAAUAUAUCUGUAUUGCAAAAAAUCAAGAAGGUGAAGCUAAAACAGCAAUGCAACUUGACGUUGAACCCGGAAAGAUAUCCGCAGUUGGUGGUACGCCACCGAAAUUCCGUACUGAUGGACGACAUGAAGCAAUUAAAACAUUAGAUGGUGAUAAAGUGGUUUUGCAUGCUGAACUGGUGGAAGGUUCCGAACCAUUAACGAUACGAUGGAUGCGUAACAAAAUGGAAAUUCAGGAUUCCAGUGGAUUUUUGUACUCACGUGUGGAAGGGAAUUGCUACUUGACAAUAGCAGAUGCAUUCCCUGAAGAUGCUGGAUUGUAUACUUGUGAAGCAACAAAUGAAUUUGGCAAUGCUAAGUGUAACGUUCGCCUCGUUGUUACAGGACAUCGAAAACAAAGUGGUUAUGAAAAUCCACCAGUUAUUAUAAAUGCACCCACAAAUGCGAGUGUUGAACUAGGGAGUGAUCUGACAUUAUCAGUAACGGUACGUGGAUAUCCCGAACCGGCAGUUGUGUGGACUAAAAAUAUGGUUUCAAUUGCUUCCGGUGAAAAAUAUCAGAUGGCAAGUAGUGGUGAAAUAUUUACAUUGACAAUUUGUAAUUGUACCAAUGAAGAUCGUGGUAAAUACGAAUUGCAAGCAGUCAAUCUUUCUGGUACAGCUAAAGCGAUAAUUGCUGUUGAUGUUACUGAAGUUACAGAUUUGGAUGCUGUUAUGCCAAGAUUUACCAAAUUGCCAAUUUCAAUUCAAAGUACAAUCGGACAAAAAGCAAGCUUGACUUGCAGUUUUAAAGGCUUAUUACCAAUAGUAACAUGGUUUCAUGGUGAUAAAAAAUUAGUAAGUGGACGUUGUGGUUUUGAAAUUUCAUCAACAACUACAACAUCAACUCUUUCAAUUUUGCAACUGACUGAUGAACAUUUUGGUGAAUAUCUUUGCGCAUUACGUAAUGAUUAUGGCGAAGAUUUAGCAAAAGUAGUUAUCUUUCGUGAAGGUUCAUCAAUGGCGCUACCUUUGUUAAAUGGUAAUUGA